CCUUUUCUGAUUCUGCCUCCAUUUUUGCCAAGAUGAGUGCCCCUCCUCCCCCACCUUUACAACAACAGCCUUCCUCAUCUCAAAGCUCUCGUUCAAAGUCAAGCAAGAUGAGCAGCAGCAGCUCAAGUCAUUCUUCAGGCUACCCACAGUUCCUGCGCUCUUUCCACCCGUCUGAGGCAGCACUAGCACAGGAGCAGUUACAUCCAGGUGUAGGCCGCUUUGAGCACUUUGCUGGGGGAAGUAGUGGGAGUGCUGGGGGAUUGGGAGGAUUAGUAACAUCAGCACCUCCACCCCCUCCUCCUCUGCAUCCUGGCCUCUCUGUCCCCCAAGUAUCAUCUGGUCCCUCCUCCUCCUCUCCUUCCCCUUCAACCUCUGUGGCCACCUCUAAUAACCUUUCUAGCAGCAGUGCAGUCAGCUCAUUGGGACACCAAUUAGUUGGGGCCCAAUCUGAUGCACGUAGCCUUCACCAACAAUUUAGUUGCAUGUUAGCUGCUAAUCAGUAUUUCCUUUCUGGUGUGCCUACUAAUGCUAGUUUAGAGCAAUUUCUUGUGCAACAGGGAACCCAUAACCAUUUAGGGUUAGGUUUAAGUCAGACAGGCGGGGAGCCUAGUACUAGUCUUGCUCCACCUCCUGCUUUGCAUUCUUCUCACUCACAUGGUCACUCCACUCCCCAGUCACAGCAGGCUCCACAGCAACAGCAACAACUUACACCUCACACCCUUUCUCAUCCGCAUUCUCAUUCUCAUCCUCAUCACCCGCUUCACCCAGGCUCCCAGCCUUCAUCACUUGGAGGCUUUGACUUCCAGGGUAUCCCUGUACUUUCGUCAAAUCAGAUAGCUUCUUUAAUGCAGCAAGAAGCAGGUUUGCCCCUUCCCUUGCCACUUCAUUUAUCCUUAUCUAAGGAUGAUGGUAAAGGGGAAAACAGUGGCGGUGGAAGUAGUAGCAGUGGUAGCAGUAGCAGCAGGAGGAAGAAAGCUAUGGCUGGAUAUUUGCCUCAGAGAAAAUCUGAUAAUAAUAGCAGCAGCAACCAUGGCCACAGCAGUAACCCUAGCACUAGUAGUAAUGGAGCUGGGUUAAGUCAUGGUCAGCCCCCAGCGUUAAUUGGGAGUGGGGUUGGUAUAUCAAAUAUGGGUGGAGACCCAUCAUCUCUUCUUGCCUCAUCAUCUUCAUCUUCAUCUGUUGUCUCUUCCUCUUCCUCCUCUGCUCCCUCCUCCACUGCUGCCUCAGUACUGGUUACUAAUGAUUCUCACCUUUCUAAAUCUAAUAACCAGAGCUCAAUGCAACCCAAUCCCACAGAGUCUGAUUCAGAGACUGUUUAUAGUUGUGGAGAUUGUGCCAAAAGCUUCCCUCACCUUUCAAGCCUUCGCAGGCAUUUGCGCAUGCAUGAGCCAACCACAGCAGGUACUAGCAAUAGUGCCACUACUGGCCCAAACCCUAUUCAUAUUAAAGCUCAGCCUGACCCAAGCCUUCCCCAUUCGACACAAGAAACUCCUCAACCCACAUCUAAUUCCUGUCCUAGCCCAGACAAAAUAUUUAAUUGCCCAGAUUGUGGCAAAGGCUUUAAAAAAAAAGGGCACCUCCUGCAACAUGGUGUUAUACACUCUUCAGCUCGCCCAUAUGGCUGCUCCACCUGUUCUCGGGCUUUUAAUCGUAGAGAGUCACUGACCCGCCAUGAGAAGAUACAUGAGGAAAAGCCAUUCCGAUGCCCCGCCUGUGGUCGUUCCUUCCGUGAGAGCACCUCUCUACUCAACCAUGCUGCCUCAGGCACCUGCGGCAAGCCAGGCUACCAUGAUGACCAUCGUUCUCAAGGUAAUCCAUCUCCAUGCUACUCUGGUGCCUCCCCCUGUGGAAGUGGGAUGGCGGGCCCAGCUCUGAGAAAGGCACCCUUGGCCCCGACACUGCAUCCACACUCACAGAGCCACAACCAGCACCACCAUCCGCAGCAACAACCCCACCUGCCCCUUUCUUCUCUUCUGGAUGACUCAGAGGAUGAUGUUACUAGCUCUGUCAAUAAUGCAAUCUCUGCUAUAACAGCCGCUAGUAACAGUGGAAAUAGAGGGGAUGAUAGGGGAGACAUCAUAGGAGGUCUACUAGGUGGUCUUGGUUUGGGUCCUCUGGGCUCACCCUCAACAACUUCUGGUAUGGAUAAGAAUUUCAGAGGAGGUGGGAGCCAGGAGGCUAUGAACAGCAACCCGCAGAAUCCUACGGCUAAACCAAAACGUCCCCGCAAACCUAGAGCUAAGAAAGAUCCUGCAGUGGCUGGACAGCCCCCCAAACGUAGGCAAUACACUCCCAGAAUGGGGCCCAGCGGGCUCCCACGCACUCACCUCUGCAGUGUCUGUGGUAAGGGGUUUGCACGCCGCGAGACACUACGCCGGCAUGACCGCAUUCAUACUGGGGAAAAACCCCAUCACUGCAAUGUUUGUGGAAAGUAUUUUAGAGAGGCUUUUCAUCUUAGCAAGCAUCAAACAGUCCACUCUGGGGCAAAGAAUUACAAAUGCAGCAUAUGUGGGAAAGAGUUUGGAUACUCCCAGAGCCUCAGGAGGCACAGCAAACUACAUCAGAAAGGGGAGCUGGAAGAGGUGCCCACAACACCAGCUCCUGAGAACCUAAACAGCUUUAACCCAAACCCUCAAUGUAGCGUGGCCCAAGAUAGGAGCCAAAACCCAGCACCAAGCACCUCCUCCUAUUAUUCCUACUCUCAAGACGUUAAGCCUCAAGAUACCAACACCCAGCAACAGCCUCCACCACCCCAAACACAGCCACCCCCUCCCCCUCGACUUUACACGUGUGCAAUCUGCUGGAAGUCGUUCCGCCAUCACUUUCAUUUGACUGCCCAUCACCAGACGGUUCAUGAAGGUGGGGGGGAAAAGCUCUUCUGCUGUGAGGUAUGUGGGAAAGCAUUUGCUUACUCCAAUAGCCUCACCCGGCAUAGGCAAUCACAGCAUGGGAUGACCCGCAAUGAAUCAUCCAACCCACAAGAAGGCAACAGUGGGUCUGGAGAUAACAGAGGUGGGAGUGAUGUCAAUCAGUCAGCAUCAGAGAGUGAGGCUGCGACCAAUGCCCUCCUGCAAAUGGCUCCUUCUGCAGAAGGCCAUGGAGCGCAGAGUCUCAGUGUUGUCACUCAUAGCCACCAACAGGCACCGCCACAACCACCAUCUGGAUACUCUCCUCUCUUUUAUGAUGCUGCUCAUUCUUCAGCCUCUAACCCUCCAUCGUACUCACAGCCUCUGCCUCCAAACUCUACAAUAAUGCCCCCCCAGCACCCUCAUUCCCCAGCCGGGGUGAAAGGAGAGCACAUAUAUCCAGCUGGAUCCCGUAGCCGUACGCUUCACACCACAGCCCCUUUCCAGCCCCUCACGGAACUGCCCUCCACUGAACAUCAUCAUUUGCAUCACCAUCAUCAUCACUCCCAACAUCAUCCUCAUCAUCAGUCAGGUGCCCAGUCCCAUCAACACCUUGACUGCAGCAACCAAUUAAUGCACGAUGACAUGAGACGAUACAAGAAGAAAAAAAAAAAGUCCAACCAGAGAGAUUGGAGGGAAAAUAAGUGGGAAUCCAACAAUUUAGUAAGACUCGACGGAAGCAAAAAAAAGAAGAUAAGUUGUACAAUAAGAGGGCAGUUGACUAAAAAACAAGGCUCCCUUCGUUUGACAAUUCGACGAGGAGGCGGAUCAGGUGGUGGUGGAUAUAAGCUUGUCAACACUGGGGGCAUGAAGGUGCAGAUCCUGUCGUCUCUUAAAGUCCCUGUGAAACGUUUUGGCUGUCCUAAAUGCCCCAAUUCUGUGUUUUCACGCAAAGCAGGAUUGCUAGUCCACAUGGCAGUAAAACAUAGACAAAGAGGCUUGACCACUCUGGAGCGACUGAGGUGCAGUGUGUGUGGGAAGCAUUCUCACAGGGCUUUGGCAGCCUUCAUCCAUCGGGCCUCCCAUCGUGCCAGAGGGACUUUCUCCUGCCGACGUUGCUCUACUCGCUUCUGGAAUGCUACACUUCUGAAACGGCACAAGGUUUCUUGCCGCCGCAGGGCGAAAGGACUGCAGCGAGGAGAUGCUAAUAGGCUGAAGCUUUCAAAGAGACCAGGAGAGAGUCAGACCCACGAGGGUCAGGAGGAGGUGCCAUUCCUUCAGGGACCAUACAGAUACUGAGCAUCAUUGUAUCUGGUACAGGUUGCAUUCAUGAGGGAUAUUUCAGUUCUAAAAUGGGAAGGUGAUAAAAAAAAAAAGGGACUUGAAAAGGCUUAUGCUGCCUUUAGAAGAAUUUGCUUCAUGUCUCAUUUGACAUUUAUUUUGCUGAUUAUUAGAAUGAGUGUGUUAACAACUACUGUAAAACAUUCUAUAAGAUAUCACCGGAAAUUCUUCCAGAUUAUAUUGGAAGAUGUUUUCAAAAGAUGUGACUGUUUCCAUAGGUUCAUUAACCCCUUAAGUGCAUUGACAAUGCUUGGCUGACACUGUGCAGUUACCAGAAAAGUUUAGGUGAUUUGACCUGCUAAUGUAUCUCUCCCCAUAACUAGAAUCCCUGCUACAUCUCUUGCUGUAUGAUAAACGUCUCUGAUGUGUACUCUGUCUUGUUGUUGUUCACUUAGAGGCUCUGAGGAUUUUUUACUAAUGUAAAGUGCAUUAUUUAGGAAUAGGGACAUUGGGACAAAGACCUUUGUUGAUAGUUUGUCAGUGCAUGUUUGUUCUCUGGUCAAGUUUUUUGCGGAGGUUGUGAAAUCACUCCUACAGUAUGUGAUGGUUUAUUCAGUAUAUCCCCAGAAGUUUGUAGUGAUAAAUCUGAUUUGAAAGUGGCUCUAUAUUCCCUAGUAAUUGAAUCAUGCAUAGAAUAAAUGUCAAGUUGCUGGUAAUUAGCAUUACAAGGAUCCCUCUUCUGCCAAAACGAAGAAACUUACAAAAGCCUUGCUUAGUAUAUUCACUUUACUUCAUUUAUUUAAAAAUAUUCCUAGCUUUUAUACCAAGAGAUUUAAAACAGGCUAAACAAGUGAACUGUGACACAUGUUUAUCUCAUGUAAUUUGUAUGCUCUUUUUAGCAGUGAUUAUUUCUACAGUAAUCCACAGUGUGUUUAAGGAAGGACCUAUCACAGUAGAAACAAGUGUAAUAUUCCAUGUAUUCAUGUGUGUAACCCAAUCAGUCUUCUUGCCAAUAUUAUACUUAACCCCUUCUAUGUUUUACUUUUUGCUGGGUUGCAAUCAUAUUCUUACUGUCAUGCCUUGUUUUUUGUUUCUUUGUAUGUUUUAAUAACAUCUUGUCACUAUCCACAUAUGAAAUGGUCAUACCCCUGUCAAGCCUUUUUUUUCUUCUAAAGGAAAAUUAUAGUUUUAGUAGAUUUUUAUCACAUUAUUUACUGAGAAGUCAGUAGUUGAUUACAUUUCAGCAAUGAAUAAACCUUAAGUGUAACCAGU